AAAACAGCGUGUUCCCUACCCGCCCCCCACCAUGUGUAGGAGGCAGGAAAAGAGCUUCCACCAGGCCUGGGCCUUAUCUUGGGCCUCCGGCCUCCAGAACUGUGAGACAUAAAUGCGUGUGGUUUGAGCCAGGGCCCCCUUCUUAAAGGAAACGAUUUUUCUGACACUGGAUCAAAUGGGAAGAAAGGUUUCUUGUUUUUAAUAUUCAGUAAUCUCUAUGCCGAACAUGGGGCUUGAACUCCCACUCGCCAGACCCCAAGAUCGAGAGUCACUCUACCGACUGAGCCAGCCAGACGCCCUGCGCCUUCCAGCAGGAGGCACCCCCCCCAACCCCCACUGGGGCCAAUCCUGAGGAAACAACGUCUCACGAACCAGGGACAUUCUAUAAAAUGGCCUGCACACUUCAAAGACACCCACGUCUCAGUCCAACAAAUGGCUCUAGGGCACGGCCACUGGGUGCGGCGAGGUCCGGGAUUUUGCUGUGACAGGCAAACUGAGUGAGGUCCGCUGAUUAGGUCAUGGAUUUGUAUCAAUGAUCCCAGCAUGCCUUCCGAGACACCCCAAGCAGAAACGGGGUCCGCAGGGUGCCCCCACCUCUCAGGGGCACACCUAGGGAAAGGGAGCCUGGAGAAGGGACCUCCGGGGGACAAGGAAGCCAAGGAGCGCCUGUGGAUCCGUCCCGAUGCCCCAAGCAAGUGUUCCUGGCAGCUGGGCAGGCCGGUCACUGACUCCCCUCAUCACCACACUGUCUUGACCAAAUCCCCCCAAAUCUUGCCAGACAUCCUGAAGAAGAUCGGGGACACCCCCAUGGUGAGAAUCAAUAAGAUCGGAAAGAAAUUUGGCCUCAAGUGCGAGCUCUUGGCCAAGUGUGAGUUCUUCAACGCGGGCGGGAGCGUGAAGGACCGUAUCAGCCUGCGCAUGAUUGAGGACGCCGAGCGGGCCGGGACCCUGAAGCCCGGGGACACCAUCAUUGAGCCGACGUCCGGGAACACAGGGAUCGGGCUGGCCCUGGCUGCCGCCGUGAAGGGUUACCGCUGCGUCAUCGUGAUGCCGGAGAAGAUGAGCACGGAGAAGGUGGAUGUGUUGCGGGCCCUGGGGGCCGAGAUUGUGAGGACGCCCACCACGGCCAGAUUUGACUCCCCGGAGUCCCACGUGGGGGUGGCCUGGAGGCUACGGAACGAGAUCCCCAACUCUCACAUCCUAGACCAGUACCGCAACGCCAGCAACCCCCUCGCUCACUACGACACCACCGCCGAGGAGAUCCUGCAGCAGUGUGACGGAAAGUUGGACAUGCUGGUGGCUUCGGCGGGCACGGGUGGCACCAUCACGGGCGUCGCCAGGAAGCUGAAGGAGAAAUGCCCAGGGUGCAAAAUCAUCGGGGUGGAUCCCGAGGGUUCCAUCCUCGCAGAGCCCGAGGAGCUGAACCAGUCGGAGCAGACAGUCUACGAGGUGGAAGGGAUCGGCUACGACUUCAUCCCCACGGUGCUGGACCGGACGGUGGUGGACAAGUGGUUCAAGAGCAACGAUGAGGAGGCCUUUGCCUUCGCCCGGAUGCUGAUUGCACAGGAGGGGCUGCUGUGCGGUGGCAGUGCCGGCAGCGCCAUGUCGGUGGCCGUGAAGGCUGCCCAGGAGCUGCAGGAGGGCCAGCGCUGCGUGGUGAUUCUGCCGGACUCGGUGCGCAACUACAUGUCCAAGUUCCUGAGUGACAAAUGGAUGAUGCAGAAGGGCUUCCUGAAGGAGGAGGACUUCACCAUGACAAAGCCAUGGUGGUGGCACCUGCGAGUUCAGGAGCUGAGCCUGUCGGCCCCGCUGACGGUGCUGCCCACGGUCACCUGCGAGCACACCAUCGAGAUCCUCCGCGAGAAGGGCUUCGACCAGGUGCCCGUGGUCGACGAAUCAGGGGCCAUCCUGGGGAUGGUGACCCUGGGGAACAUGCUGUCGUCCCUGCUCGCUGGGAAGGUUCAGCCGUCAGACCAAGUUCGAAAAGUCCUCUAUAAGCAGUUCAAACAGAUCCGGCUGACGGACCCGCUGGGCAAGCUGUCGCACAUCCUGGAAAUGGACCACUUUGCCCUGGUGGUCCACGAGCAGAUCCAGUCACGGGACCUGGCCUUGACGGGCGUGGGGGGGGGGCCCUCAGACCACAGCAACGGCAAGUCCAGUAAGAGGCAGACAGUGUUCGGGGUCGUCACUGCCAUCGACUUGCUGAACUUCGUGGCCGCUCGGGAGCGCGACCGGAAGACCAAGUCAGGAAGCACCUCGGAGCCCAGACCUGCCGGGGCCACGGUACAGCUCUGACCGCGCCCAAGCCUCGCCUCGCCUCGCCAGGGUCCGUGCUCUACCUUUUGUAAACACAGAACCCACACGCGUGAUUUUUAACUGCCUGACGCUGGGCGUUGUUGUCAGGAGCGGGCAGCGGGUGUAGGAUGCUUAGCCCGGGGCCAGCGUGGACGCUAGCUUCCCUUUGAUUAACACCUGGCCGCCUCGGGGAAUCCGUUCACGGUCUGUUGGAGUAGA